AUGGAGUCGUUUCGCGGCCGUUCCUUUCUUCAAGUGGUUUGCAUACUUGGACAGCAUCGCCAAGUGAUCUUGUCCAAUUUCUUCAACGUUUUCGAGUUCGUAGAAUCCGACGGUGUACAAGUCGAGUUUGUCGCUCGCAUCUCGACGAAAAACAUCCUUCGACUUCAGCAUCCCCACGAGGCGCCGUGCCGUGGCCCUCGUCUCGACUUCCGUCAUCGAUUCGACACGGACGGGGGCAUGCUCGUACGGCUUGACAGUCUGCCGGCGAAUGGUCGCGUUUGUGGCGAUCUGUUUCUUGUGAAAUGCGCUAUAUCCGAUGUGUUUGCGCCGCAUCGACGUGGCUAG